UAGGCAGAAAUGAGUAAGAGCCAGAGCUGAAGUAGUGCACGGCGUAAUUCCUGCUCUGUGAUCCACGCUCCAAGUGAAAAAACCGGGAGAGGGGGCAGAGAGAGGCAGUGACCGGCUCAGCCUUUGCAACCGGCUCAGGACAGAACGUCUAUAGAUAUUUAUAGAUACUAAAACAAGAACAACAACCUCACCCUGAAUUGAGGCUUUCUUAAAAAGAAGGUCCUGGCAAUUCUAUCUUAUUUAAGCAAUUUCCUGAGUCUAAGAAUAGAAAUGAGCUGCCUGGAAGGCACUGCAGGCUGAAAUUUGGAGACAUAGGCUGCUUUAUUUUAUUUUUCUACAUAUAAAAACCUUUCGUUUGGAUACUGGAUUUUCAUGUGGGUUUUUGCAGCGGAGGGAUGUAUGGUUACUUUUAAUUCUACUUUUUUUUCCUCCUCUGUUUUAAUUUUUUAAAAAAAGCUUUCCAGUUAAAAAGCAAGGAAGCUGCUUUACCUGCGUGUGACAAUCCCAGAGGACACCGAUCAAGAAACAGGGGAGUGACUUGGUCUUCUGCACUACUUUACUCCUACCCCCAUUUAUUUUUUCGGGGGAGGGAAGGAUUUUUCCAGUCCAAGAACCUCUUGCCCCCAAGUUUUGGAAGGGGGGCUGAAGAAUUGUCACCCAUCUGGGGGUGCAUGAAGGCUAUCGCUUUUCUUUCUCUGUCACCUUGGUUCUGUGGAGGCUUGGAAGCGAACUUUGCCUGGCAGAAGAGGAUGAUGUGGAAGUGGCUGGGCGCCCUGCUGCUGUUCCCGGUGCAGAUGGUGUAUCUGGUGGUGAAAGCCGCCGUGUGCCUGCUGCUGCCGCCCAAGCUGCGAGACCUGUCCCGGGAGAACGUGCUGGUGACCGGCGGGGGCCGCGGCAUCGGCCGGCACCUGGCCCGGGAGUUCGCCCGGAGAGGAGCCAGGAAGAUCAUCCUGUGGGGUCGGACUGAGAAAUGCCUGAAGGAGACCACAGAGGAGAUCAGGAUGAUGGGGACAGAGUGCCACUACUUCAUCUGUGACGUGGGGAACCGUGAGGAGGUCUACCAGCAAGCCAAGGCCGUCAGGGAAAAGGUGGGUGACAUCACCAUCCUGGUGAACAAUGCUGCUGUGGUUCAUGGGAAGAGCCUGAUGGACAGCGACGACGAUGCACUGCUGAAAUCCCAGCACAUAAACACCCUGGGACAGUUCUGGACCACCAAAGCAUUCCUGCCAAGGAUGCUGGAGCUCCAGAAUGGGCACAUUGUUUGCCUGAACUCUGUCCUGGCCUUGUCAGCCAUCCCUGGUGCCAUUGACUAUUGCACCUCCAAAGCCUCAUCCUUUGCUUUCAUGGAGAGCCUGACCCUGGGGCUGCUGGACUGUCCUGGAGUGAAUGCCACCACAGUCCUGCCCUUCCACACCAGCACAGAGAUGUUCCAGGGCAUGAGAAUCAGGUUCCCUAGUCUCUUCCCUCCUCUCAAGCCAGAGACAGUGGCCAGGAGGACAGUAGAAGCUGUUCAGAUGAACCAAGCCUUCCUGCUCCUGCCAUGGACAAUGCAUGUCCUUGUUAUCCUAAAAAGCAUUCUCCCCCAGGCAGCACUUGAAGAAAUCCACAAGUUUUCUGGGAGCUACACCUGCAUGAACACUUUUAAAGGACGAACAUAGGCUGGCACCAGGACUGCUCUGCAGUGAGCCCAGCACAAGCAUGAAAAUCCUCCAGGACUGGGAAUCAGCAGCUCUUGGCUUUCAGCCUGUUCAUGUGACUUGUGCUGCUCUGAGGCAACACAUUUCUUGCAGGUCAUAUCCAUAGUAACAUGACCUUUGCACAGGAUUGAGUGAGUGGACUAUGGACCCUUGGAAAGGAAAAAACAGAAAGUGUGAAAUGUUUCUAUGGUGUUUAAUUCUUUAGAGUUCAAUUGUUAAAUCUACUCAUAGUUUUAAGAUGUGAUUUUUGUUUCUCAAGUGUCUGUGGGCUGUCUCAGGGGAGAGGCAGCACAUCCAUCCCAAACACACUCUGUGCCCUCUCUCCAGAGGAGCUGCCACUGGUUUCAUUUCAGCUUUUUGAAUGGGGAACUUCAGAAUUACUUGGAAGAACUAAAAGAUAUGGACGUUUCAUGGACGCUUCCUUCUCUUUCUUCACUUCCCAUCCCAUGAUGAAGCUGUUCCCAGCACACACUGGGGAAGAAGCAAACCAUGAGGCAAUGUUUUCUCUGCUAAAGGCCACCCAGGACUUCUCUUUCUGGGCCCAAAAAAGCUGUUGUGCUUCCCCUCUGGAGGCUGGACAGGAGGGCUCAGGCAGCAGAGCUGAGAGUUUAAAUAGUGGGAGAUUCUUUCUGUCACUGAAUUCAUAUGUGAAAUUGUCGUUCUGAUUUUUUUUUGUUGUUCAUUUCUGAUAAAGUAUAAAUAUAUUUUUAGUCUUAAUCCCAGACUGCCACACAUGUAGGCAGCAGCACAUUGGGGAUGAACUAAAUCUAGAAACUAAAACUAGAGCCUGCUUGUACAAACAUACAUUCACUGACACAAUCCAUGCAGAGGAAAAUCCAUUAUAUCAGUCUGCACAGUGAAGUGGAAUAAUGCUCUAAGACACAGUGCUGUUGUGCUCAUGAGAUGUGAAAUUUGGGAGCACAUUUAGCAAAGACCUGAUUAAAUGCAUUUUGAAUUCAUCUGGGAAUAAACCCAUUGUGCUUUAGGAACAUUGAGUCAGGCACUGAUCAGCCAAAAUGAUAAAUAUGCUUGGACUGAGGUGCCAGAAGCAGCUAGACAUUAUUUAUUUUUGUAGUGAAAUAUUCUCUUUGACAGCCUAGGAAUGGCAGCACUGCAUUCCUGUGCAAAAUGCAGUAAGCAGCACAUUGGAGCAGUGCUAACAGAGAAAUUAAAAUAAUUGCAAUACAGGAAGUAGCAAGUCCAGCUGGAAACACCUGAAUGAAGUGCCUCAAGGGUGGAUGUGUGAUUAAAGGAGUGAAUUUAGGGCUCCUGACUCGAAUUUCAAGCUUUUCUGUAGAUGUCCUGUAUGGCCUGGGGCAAAAUGGAUCAUCUGAAGGAGCACCCUGACCUGCAAAGCAGAUAUUUCUGGUGUUUCCCUACCUCAAAAUUGCAAGUCUGACUACCUAAAUGCCUGUCAAAACUCAGCAAAUUCAAAUGCAGCAUUUUAUAGAGAGUCAAAACAGUAUUUGUUCAUAGACCAGGAGCUUUUAUACAAAAAUUUGGAUGAGGAAAAAACCCAUAUACUAAAACUUAUAAUCUAAAAGACUUCGGAGGUACAGCAGAAAAGCUGUGAGCUGUGCUUAAAACACUCCUUUGGUUCUGCCACAUGGAAUGGAGACCUGCAACUGAGAUGCAAAGGUGUGAGGGUUAAAAUCAGGUCUGACCUUGCUGCAGACCAGUGGAUUUCUCCUUUCUGGAGCUCUCCCAGAGGAAGGUGCUGCCAGAAGUGUUGGGGUCCCUCUGCCUGGGUGAGUGUUUGGAGGGGCUCUCCUGCCUGAAUCAGUGCAGAGCUGUAACCUGGAGCACUGUGAUGCCUCUGGAUAUCUGAAAUUCCUGGAUAUCUGGAGAGGAUGAAAAGGAACUUCAGUCUCUGGGAUUUUGAGACCCACCCUAAUAGAGGCUUCCAGCUUUAUUUUUUGUCAGUUUUUUUGAGAAGCCCAUCUCAGUGAAAAGUCAAGUGCCAUGAGGGGAGAACCCUUCAGGGUUCCUUCCAGGAUCUGCCUGGAAUACUGAAGGUACCAGGUUUAUCAGGAGAGGUUGAUAUGGUGAUACCAACUUCCCCUUGUGCUCUCUGAUCCUUUCCAGUUUCUCAUUAAUCCCAGCUGGGAGUGCCAGGCUUGUAGCUGCAAGUGCAGUCACCUGUGCUGAAAGAGCAGCGUGCCCUUGAAAUUAAACCUUUGUGCUGAGAAUUCUGUUCAUUGAUAACUUCCUAAUGCAGACAUGAGCAAAAAACACAAUGGAAUCCAUAUCCACCCCAAAUCCUGUCCCUUCAAUAGAUCUGCUCUUCCCCUGCAGCACAAAAAGAUGUUGCCUAUCUCCAGGGUUGCCUUACACACUGUUGAUGUCUUUGUGAUGUUUGCUGAUGAUUUCUUUCUUUCUGAUGAAUACAAACAAGCCAGGAGGAGCUGAGGCUCAUCCUCUCUGCUCUCUCACACACACACAGAGCUCCCUGUGCCUUCCCUCGGGGUCCCAGAGCAGACAGCAGGUCAAAUAGCAGUCACAGUGGGGGAGAGGCUUGCAGCAAGCAGAAAAUGAUGAGGAAAACAUAAACUUUGCUUUUCAGAUAGCAGGGAGGAGUUGGGUAAGAGAGAUCCUUCCCUGGUGAGUGUUGCAGACAGGACGGGCUCCAUCGAUCUGCAAACGUGCAUGGAGACUCUGAAAAGUUUUUUUUUAAUAGAAAGGCUCCUCUGGAAUGCCUGCUGGGGUCUGCUGGGACCUUCCCACAUAAGGGUAGGGUUGGGUAAUCUUGAAGUGCUGCAAAUGUGGACAAGCUUUGUUGAAGCCUAAGGCCUUCUCCGAGGAAUUUCCGCCCUUUGAUUUACUUUAAUUUUGACUUUGCCUGCUCUCUCUGCUGCCUCCUGCUCUCCACUGCACAAUUAUUUUUUGCCUUCUGUUUUCCUGUGUCAUCACUGCACUUUUCUGUGCCACCAUCUUGAAGCCAGAUGUCAUCCUAGAGUCUGGAGUAAAUGGAGAUUGGGGCAUUCAUUUAUUAUCCUGCUGGAGGAAUCCAGGUGAAGCUGCAGGAGCAGCUCACAGGAGUUUCAUAGGAAAUUAAUUUUACUUGCUGCAAACUCUGAAAAAGUAAAAAGAGUCCUCACUAUGGCUCUUAUCUUGCUGGAGGAAACCAGGUGAAGCUGCAGGAGCACAGGAGUUUCAUAGGAAAUUAGUUUUACUUAUGGCAAACUCUGAAGAAGUAAAAGAGUCCUCACUAUGGCUCCUAUACAGGAGAUUGCUGCUGGUUUAAAAUUUGAAUGAUAGAAAAACAUGAGCUGUUUGGGACAUGUUCCCUUCACCAAAAAAAAGGGCCAAAUUUAAAUGGGAGGAUUUUUCAGCUCAAGGUAGUUUCAAGUGCUGCUGUUUAUAUUAAGUGAUUUUCAGAAUUAGCAAGGCAGGGCAGGGACAGGAGGAGUCCUUUGUAUUGGAAUCUGAUCCCUCAUGUUGAAUAUUUCUUUUUGUGGUUUUUGAUGAGAAAAAAGUGCACCCUCAUGCACCCUGGUGAACUUUAAAAAUGUUGUUCCAGCCAUGUCCCUGCCCAUGGCAGGUUUUAGCAGCAUGACAAAAAGGAGUGUGCCCUGAAAGUGGGAGCUGAACCCUCCCCACUCAACCAUUGUUCCAUUGAGGUCAAAAAGCAAUAGAGUCUGUCCCUCAAGUUCUUCUAGAACUGCACAGAAAGUGCCUGGGCAAGUGAUUCUGAUGUUUGCAAAGAGAAACUUGUUGUACUUUUAUGUAAUGUGUUAAUUAGUGUGGGUGGGUAUGAUCAGAUCUAGUCUUGCAAGCCUUUCCGACAACUCCCUGAACACUCCCACCUUCAGAUAUUAACAGAUAGCACUUGCCAAAGCUCCUAAAAACCCAGUAACAGACUUCAUGCAGGCACAGCAAAGUGGGUGCAUGGAUUUCCAAGAGAACACAUCUGCUUGUAGCAGACAUUAAUGUGGCCCAGUGCCUUCCUCGAGCUGAAAUGCAAUUGUUGAGAAAAGAACACAAGGUGAGCCUUGGAUCAUCUCUUUUGUUUUUAUUUCUUCACUUGGAUUUAAUCAAUUUAAUCUAGGUGACAGCCACUUUUUUGACAGUACUGGUUCCUAAGUUUGGGCUGGAGCAGGAUUAUGUCAAAUGCAGUAUUUUGCAUUUUUACCAACCACCAGCCCUGGGAAUGAGAAUAUUCUGCACUGUUUGCUGCUCUCACCUCCCCAGCACUCAGAUCCUGGCAUGUUUGGAGUCUGAGCAAACCUGUCAGUCACCAGCAGCACUUUCAUUCUCCAGGGAACUGAAUCCUCUUUGACCUCAUGCUUUUCUGAAGGAGAUGCUGAGCUGUGAGUAGUGGCAGCCACAGAUUCAGGGACUUGGAGAGAGGCAGGAGGAGAAACAGAACUUCACCUGCUCCCUGCAGCUCAUUCUCUUCUAUCCUGUGAUUCCUGGGGCAAGAUGGAAAUUCAGAUCCUUCUGCCCCUUUAUCACCUCUGUUCUCCUGAGGUCACCUCAGCACCUGAUUGUCCCCUGGACCAUCCAGGGCAUUGAGUCCCUCUGCUCCAUUCUGUCAUUUUGCUUUCAGCAUCACCCCCUCUUUUGUCCUGUGAGCAGAAACUCACACUGACCCAACCUGCCUGCACUGAAGGCACAAACCUCUGAGACAAUUUAUAUCUUCACACCUUCCCAAAGAGUCCAAACUUAGUUGUUCCUUAUAGCUCAUCUUUGUUAUGGGCAUUGUGACAUAUUAGCACAGAAAAAAAAUUGUGUGAUGAUUUUGUAUGCAUCAUAAAAUGAUUUUUUCCUGCAUAACCUCCUUAAAUGAGGGAAGAAAGCAGUGUAAUUGGAGAGUGACUGAAAAGUAUAUGAGAAUACAAAAUAGAAGAUGCAGUCUUGGGGGGAUUGUGAUGGCCCUAAACAGACAGAGGCAAGAUGCCACCUUACCUCCCUGGGGUUAUAUAGUAACAGAGGCACAGAAAAAAAUUAAGUGUGAUGAUUUUUUAUGCGUCAUAUAAUGAUUUUUUUCUGCAUUACGUCCUUAAAUGAGGGAAGAAAGCACUGUAAUUGGAGUUGGAGAGUGACUGAAAAGUGUAUGAGAAUACAAAAUAGAAGAUAAGAUGAAAUCUUAGGGGCAGUGUGAUGGCCCUAAACAGACAGAGGCAAGAUGCCACCUGACAUCCCUGAAGUUAUAUAACGACAGAGGCACAGAAAAAAAAUUGUGUGAUGAUUUUCUAUGCAUCAUGUAAUGAUUUUUUUUUCUGCAUAAAACCAGAACAAUUCCUCCUUAAAUGAGGGAAGAAAGCACUGUAAUUGGAGAGUGACUGAAAAUUAUGAGAAUAUAAAAUAGAAGAUAAGAUGCAUUUUUAGGGGGAGUGUGAUGGCCCUAAACAGACAGAGGCAAGAUGCCACCUUGCAUCCCUGGAGUUAUAUAAUAACAGAGGCGUGUGAUUUCCAGCCAAAUGCAAAGUCUAUAAAAGUUGUCACUCCUGCUCAUUCCAGGGGGUCACCAUGCCCUAAAAAGCAGUCAAUUAAUUUUGUAGCUUGCUGGCUUGGAAACUGCAAUAUGCUGGUAAGUGAUAGCUGAUUCUUGUGUUUUUGAGGGACGGAAAGCAGCCCAAACAUGCAAAAACAAGGGUCAGUUUGACUCCCUGCUCACUUUCUCCAGCUGCAAGGGCCAUCCAUCAUGUGUAGGUAUUACAAGGACAUGGUUGUGUCACUAAUCAUCCUGACCUAGUGCUACUAGGUAGAUGUGGUUCCAUUUCCUACUUUUUUCCUUAAGCAAAAGCAUUUUUUAAAUAGGAUCUCUCUUUAUCUGAGUUAAUUAUCUCUGUAUUGUACAGGCUUUUCACAGAGAGGCAUCCCAGGGAAACGUGAAAUUUCCCUAUCUGUGUUAAUCAAAUUAUAAUGAAAAUACAGAAGUGGAGAGUUCCCAUUGGGUGUCUUCCUUCCCUGAGCCAUGUGGAACUGAGGAGAGGAACCCUGUUGGAAGAUCCAUGCCUUAAAUGAAUCCAUCUCAGAAGCCUGCUGAAAAUGCUUCUGCCUUCCAAAAUUGUGUUCCUGCUGCUCCCUGGGGCAUCUGGCACUGAAUUUGGCUCCCUGAGCAGGUCACUAUCACAGUACACUCAUAAAGAUUGCACAUACAAACUCUGAACAGAUUUAAACUUCUGGUCCCACAGGACACUCUUGAAAAAUCCAGGUUAAAGAAGGAGGAGAUGGCAGUAACCAGUACAAACCUGAGCUCUGGGAGAGAGCUCUGCUCAUCCAAAGAUGCCAGAGAGCUCAGGGCACAGCUCCCACCUCCUGCCUCACAUCUGAGCCCUUGGACCACAAUCUGCAAACCCUGGACACCAGGAUUGCAUGAAGUGACAUCUUCCCUGAUUUUUUAUCAUCAGACACUUUGUGGUGUGGCCCCAGCUGCCCUUGAGCAUCCCUGUUGCAGUUACAGCUUCCCUGUGAGGGGAAGAGCAGGGGCAGACCCUGAUCUCUCUGCUGACCAGGGACAGACACAAAGGGAAUGGCCUGAACUUGUGUCAGGGGAUGUUCAAGUUGGAUUUUAGAAAAAGGUUCUUCACCCAGAGGGUGCUUGGGCACUGGAAAAGGUUCCCCAGGGAAGGGGUCACAGCCCCAGAUUUCAGGAAACAUCUGGACAAUACUCUUGGGAUCAUGGUGUGACUCUUGGGGUGUCCUGUGCAGGGCCAGGAGUUGGACUCAGUGAUCCUCAUGGGUCCCUUCCAGCUCUGCAGAUUCUGGGAUUCGGUGAUUCUGUGAUCCCGUGAUCCUGUGAUUCUGUUAUUCUGGGAUUCUGUGAUCCUGUGAUCCCGUGAUCCAGUGAUCCCACGAUCCUGUGACUCUCUGAUCAGUGCUCCCAGACACUGGGCUGCCACAUGGCAGCAUUAAGUCCAGCUCUAAGAUAAGGAGGCAAUUCCUUGCUAUCUUUUCCAGAAAAGCCAACUCUUGGUGCCUUUCUUUUUUGCAGAGAGGACUGAAGUAAGUGCAGGGGGAUCAGCUUUUCUGGGGUGUUUUGGUGACACGAAUGCUGCUGUCAUGUGGGAUAAGAAAAAAGGGCUCAUGUCAGAGGGAUGUUAGCAGAAGAUAGAAAUAGCAAUGAUGGGAAACAAGUGAUAUCCAAGCACAUAAUUCCUGUUCCCAGAGCCUGCUGGGAGCCCUGAUUCCCUGCAGACAGGAUCAGUUCACUCCAGUCUUACACCUCCCUCAACCCUGCCUACUACAAGUAGCAGCAGAGGUGACAAGUUCAUAAUCUCUGCUCUCUCAACUGUUAAAUGGAGCAAAAUAGGUGGUAAAAAAAAUAUAUAAAUCCAUCCAUCAGAGAGCAAAGCAAUUCUUUGGGUCAGGGUCAGCCUUAGAGAAUGGAGGAGUCUCUCAGGUACCAGAAAAAAGGAGCCACAGCAGCUCCUGAUUGCUGGAGGUCUUGGGCCACAUCUCCCCUUGUUAAAGUAAUAAAUGUGGAGGAAUAUGUUUGACUGAAUUCAGCCAUGGGAUUAAACAGAACCCCAGGUCAGCUUGGCUCUCCUCUUUCCAGCAGUAGAAUGCAUUAUGUUCUGUUCUGAGCUCCCAUCAGAGCUGCAAAUUCAUGGACAGCCCUUGUGGAGCCAGGCAAUAUUUUACUGCUGUUCUAAGGACUGUGCAGAAGACAGUGGAGAGAAACACAAGCAAGCACUAUCACAUGUGCUUUGGUGGCUGAAUAGUCUGUAAUUUUCAAUAUCCUGAUGUUUUUGACUAUUCAAUAGAAGCAAUCUCACAUGUUUCUCAACUGUCUGCUAUGGCCAAAAAACCUUCUUCACCCAGAUCAACAAUUAUAAUAUUUUUGAAUCCUAAACCACAUUCAGUUGUUUCUCUGUUGUCCUGUUGGUUUAGCUGAGGUUUAACAAGCAUGUUAAUCAAAUUCUCAAAUAUAGCCUUGAAUUUCUCUAGAAGUGAUCUGAUGCUGACAUAGAAAAAUUUUAAAAAUGUUGAUGUCCUGUAGCAAAAGUUUCUACAUAUGUUAAAAAGCACAUAAAUUAUUUACAAACAACUCUGUUUAAUUGUGCAAUAGAAUGCUCUGCUUCCAUCAUCCCAGGGACACAGCAUUGAACCUCCUGGUCUCAUUCUGUUUUACACAUGCAGAGUCAAAGCAUCUUCAUUCCAGGUUUAAAAAUAAAUGACAGACUUGUAAGUUGCCUUACGUAAAAACUGCUGCUUGGCUUUGAAUUCAAGCACACACAGCUCUGACCUCACAUCAGUUAUGAAAAUAAUGUUAAUUCUUUCAAAUUCUGAAGCUCAGGAUUUAGGAGCAGUUACACUUUCUGGCUGGAGAUGUCACAUUUCCUGUGAUGCAACGUAGGAGGCAGAGUUGCAAUUCAAUAUUUCCCUUUAAAAACCUCUUCCCAUUGCCAGUCAGAGUUGCCAGAGGCACAGAGCAGAGGAAGUUCUUGUCCAUCCCUGCCCUGACCUGAGCUCAGUGCAGAAGAGCUGCUUUUGAAUGAGCCACAGGAGCCAUGCUGAGUUUGUUUUAGCUGGGUUUAUAUUAGGUCUGAUUUCUGCUGAUCCCUUCAUUUUUCAUCAUUUCAUCUGUCCCUUGCAGUUGUUCCUGUUGGAGAGGGCUGUGUUUGGAGAGCUCCUGAGCCAGAGUGCUGUGCCUGCAGAUUCAUCUCUGCUCCCAUCUCUGCCCUGGGCACACCUUAGGCAUUAAUUCUGUGCCAUGGUUUGGGGCUGGCACAAUCCCAGUGCCCCCGUGAAAAUCUAUUCUCCUUAAUGUCUGCUGUGAGAUGUGACCAGAAAUAGAGCAAAGCAGGCUCCAGCUUAGGAAUAAAGGAAAGACCUUUAUUCUUUAUUAAUUUACAAUAUGAAAAAAGAAACAUACAGAACUCAGAAUGAAAACCUUCCAAAAAAAAAAAAAAUCCAAAAAAAAUUUGUGGAUUCCCACAUUCCUCCUCCUCCUCCCCCCCAAUUUCCACCCCCAUACGAAAGGAGCUCUGACCUCUUUCAGGGACCAGAACCAAGAGAGAAUUCCCCUGGGGGCACUCUGAUUUUAACCCCCUGUGUUCUCAGAGGUGAAUCCAUGUCCUCAGGUGCCAAUAUUCCAAUCUGAGCCCCCGUUGCUUUGACCACAGCCUCCCAAAAACACUCACUUCCUUUUCAAACCAGGACUCUCUGCAAACUGCCCUAAAUAUCUUCAGGAUUGUUCCUUUGAAGAUGAAGUGCAGCUGAACCCCAGGGAGCUGUUAGCUCUGCUCAUAGCUGCACAUUCUGUUUAACACCUACAUGAUCUGAAUUUGAACUGGGAAGGACUGGGAGGGAGUGGGUGGCCAGAGCCUCACUUUGUGGUUAGAGGGGGAAUCAUAAGGUAAAAAUCAUCUGUUGGAAAAUAGAAACACAGUGCAAGCCCCAAUACCCAGCACUGCUGUUUGAUUUCUAACAAUUUCAUACACAAAUAGUAAAAUAGAUUAUUUUCAUGAUGCUUCAUGAAAAUAAUAGAUAAAAUUCUGACAAUUCCAUACACGAAUAGUAAAAUAGAUUAUUUUCACAAUGCUUCAGAGUGUCCUUUUGCAGUCCUUUUACACAUCCUUUAAGGCUGGGGGAGCAACUUGUAUUCCAGUGAUCUUUAUUACAGCAGCACUGCUUUGCAUGGGCAAUUCUUGCUGUAAAAUCAGCCUGUUUCCUUUCAGUGGAUCAUUUUUACAUAGAUUUCUUUCAGAUUUUCAUUUCCCAGAUAUUUUAUGGUUCUCAGCCAGUGAUUUCCUUGCAGAGCUCUUCACCAUAACUCCCCCUUUGAGUGCUUGCCAUUCAUUAAUGUGCAGCUUUCCUGUGGAACUGGCCAUCCCCAUCACAUGGUGGCUUUGCUUUCUCCUGCCUGGACGCCUUCCAAUCCCACAGAAAGCUUUCUAGGGGCUCCAGGAUGUCUGGUGAUGACUGUGAGAUGGCUUCUGGCAGCAGUGUUAAUGCAAAUGCAUAUUUGAGUGUGUUCUCAUGACAUAUUUCCAAUCCUGUGAUCAAAAACGUGCCUAUGGAUGUUUUCAAGGGAAAAACCCCCAACUUGGGAUGCUGUCAAAAGUGCAUUUGCCUUUACUUGCAGCAGAAAAAUUUCACAGUUUGGUUUUGUUUCUUUCACUGGAUUUGCCUCUCAGCCUCAGCUCAUCAAGGGAAGAAUAAUCACAAAAUUAAAUUUGAAAUCCUGCAAAGAGUUCAUUAAAAUAAGUGUGACUUCCCAACAUCAGGGCAUGGCAUAUUUCCACAUGAGGGGGAUGGCAUGAUGGUAUUUUGGGAUUUGUGUUGCUGCAUAUUCACCCUUGGUUCAUUUAAGAAAAUAAAAUGGACUGGAGUUCACUGCAGCUGAGGUUUGGGAAGGAAGGAAGGAAAUGCAGGAAAAGCUCUGCAGCUGUUUGACUCUCACCUGUGCCAGCCACAGCAUUUCCAUUUGUUAGACACAGAAAGGUGACACAGAAAAUGGCACAGACUCACCUGGUGUCACACAAUGAGAUAAUUUAUUAUUGUGCUGCUGGCACAACCCUCAGGGUCACCCAAAGACCCUUUGGGGGCUGCCAACAUCAUGAGUUUCUCACCUGGCUGGGACUGCCAAAAUCUGGGUCAGAAAUCCCAACAAGACACAGUUCAUGAUCUGUUGCUCGAUUUUUUCCCUCUGUGCAGACAAACCCUAGUGGCAAAUCUCUAAUGGGAUUUUCACCCUUGCCCUUGACUAGAUUGCUGCUUCCUUUUAAUGCCAUAAUUACAACAUUUCCAUGCUUUACACCAAACCAGGGCUUGGAAACGUGGCCCUGUGGCUGCUGCUGCUGCCCAGGGAUGUUCUGGAGAAGGGGGCAGUACCUGCUGUGCUGAGCACAGGGGCUCUGAGCAUUUCAUCAUCACAGAAAUGUUUGCUCAGUGGCUCUCACUCUUGGCUUUUUCCUUGGAACUUUGAGCAAACGUGGCCUUUGUUUGCAUUUUUCCCUGGGAUUUGUUUACUGUUCAUUUGUGCUGCACAUGCUGUGAGAAAUUAAGCCACUAUGUCCAUAUUUUUUUUUUCCUUUCUCCUGCUUUCAUUCCUUCACCCCCCUCCCCUUAAAAAUCCUUACAAUUCCUUUCAUUACUUGGUGUUAA